GUUCUUGAAUGUAACUCUAGUUUGGCAGUGUCGGCAAGACCUUUUGAUGUUGACUUGAACGCUAAACUUUCUGCAAAAUAUCAGGCGGACAUGGUCUUCAUUUGGGAUUCGAUUAUUACACCUCGCAAAAGUAACAAGGAAACGAAAUCAAAGAAGAACAAAAAUCAGUUCAAUAUGAAAAACAACAUUACUCCAAACAUGGAUGACAGCAACUCUAAUAAAAUCUCAAAAUUCAAAGAUGCCAUGAAAUCAAAAAAGGCAAAGAAGGAAAAGAAGAAAAAGAAGAAGCGGAUAGUUGAUGUCAACAGUUUGCUUGGCAGCAGUAAUUUCACACCGACAUUUGGAUCUAAUCCUAACAUGCCAUUUCUGAGCAGUCUCACUAAAAAACACAAGUCGGACCGUGACUCCAAGAAAAAAAGAAAACGAAAAAAAGUGGCGUUUGAGUUGCCGUAUGACUACAUGCGUGUCAAACGUCCCAAUUUCUCCUGUGUACAUCCGAAAAACCUAACAGACUCUUCGGAGUUGAAGAAAGCUUGUUUAAAAGAUGGUGACAAUUUUUCUUCGGUCAGUGAAAUAGUGCAGCAUCAGUCUCCACAAGAAGAUGAUAAUCAGAUGGAAGAUAUCAACAGCCAGGACUUGUUUAUUACACAGAAAACGUUCAGAUCCCCCUCCUCAGACUCUACUGCGGAUGCCACUUACAAACCUAUUACUACAAUUUUGCCAUCAACAAAUGUAUUACACUAUUCGCACCAAGAAAAAUACCUGGACGUGGAUUCUUGUCAGCGUCUGAAAAAGAAGAAGCUGAAGAAGACUAAAAAUGCAAAGAGUGCAGGGAAAUACGAAUCAAGCCUCCAAAAGAAGACAUAUUCCUUCCAAACAGAAGAGGAGGGCCUCAAGAGGGACAGGGACCACUCAGGUUCUCCAUUAAGGCCUUGUGUGAUGAAUCAUCACAUGGACGAGAGGGGAAUAGCAAAUGGGUCACCAGAGGUUGCAAAGUCAAAACAUUCUCCCAUUAAGAAACUGAAGCCCACAACAUCCACCUCCACUCAGACAGAAAACUUCUUCACUGCUGAAUUGUCCUCCUACUUUGCAUUCUCCAGAAGAAGAAUGGCUGCGAGUGCUGAUGGUGGGAAACCUCUAGACCUGAGCUUGCCGCAUAGGGCCAGGAAAAACCUCGGCAGUUGUUUGUAUGCGAAGGCAUCAGUGAGUGAACCCUCGUCUGGAGAGAUCGACGAGGCUCCCAUCUGUUCUUCAGCCAUGAAAGAUGUGAAGGUGAAGAAAAAGGUUGGUGUUAGUGAUAAGAAGAAAGGAGAGACAACCGUGAGUCCUCUGACAGAGUCCGAGUUCAAGUCUGGUGACACGACGACCUCCAGCGAGUGCAAUGAGCCAUCGUGCCGGAGCAAAAAAAUGGACAGGAUCCAGGUAAGGCCGGUGCAGACGAGGUUGAACGAAUCAUUUUUCUUCAAGGCCAAAGGAGACACAUCUUCACCUAGAUCGGAGUCACCACUGUUGAAACUUUUUCAGAGCAGACAGAUUGAGAAAGACGUGAAAGGCAAAAAACCAACGUGAGGUUUUUUAGGUGCUCACAGUAUCGAGCCGUUAUUUGUCUAAAUUUAAGGGAAAAUGUUUUAUUGUUCGAGUUGGAACAGCAAUUUAAGUGUACACUAGGGGAAUAGUUAAGCAUAAAAGACUCAAGUAGUUCACGAAAAAGUUCAGUGUUAGUCAUUGAAAUGAGAUGUAAGUACACUUUAUUGCAUAUCUUGACUGAAAGUUGCACAUGCUGUUCAUUUCUAUUAAAAUAAAAAGUGACUUGAUUUUCUUGAAAAACA